AUGGCAACUAUAAGUGAUACAGAUUUAACUAAAAAAUUAGAAGACAGUAAUAUACAAACAUCAACAACUGAAAAAGAUUCAGCUAAUACUAUAAAAACUCAAGCUAAUGAAGCAUUCAAAAAUUGUGAUUAUGAGAAAGCAAUUGAACUCUAUACAAAAGCUAUUGAAAUUCAUCCGGAUGCAAUUUUAUAUUCGAAUCGAAGUUUUGCUUAUCUUCGUCGUGAAUGGUAUGGUUAUGCAUUAAUCGAUGCUAAAAAAGCAUUAGAAUAUGAUCCAAAAUAUAUAAAAGCAUAUUAUCGACGAGCAUCUGCUCAUAUGGCAUUAGGAAAAUAUCCAUCAGCAUUAUCUGAUUAUGAAUACGUAAAAAAAGCUUGUCCAAAUGAUAAAGAUGCGACAUUGAAAUAUGAAGAAUGUAAAAAAAUUGUCACACGUAUUCGUUUUGAAAAAGCUAUCGCUGUUGAUGAUUCAGGAAAAUCUGUUGCUAAUCAAAUCGAUCUUAGUUCUAUGCCUGUGGAAACUGAAUAUGAUGGCCCACAUUUAGAAGGUGAUGGUCGUGUUACAAAAACAUUUAUGCAAGCACUUUUACCUUAUUUUGAAAAGCAAAAAACACUCCAUAAAAAAUAUGCUUAUCAGAUUAUUCUACAAAUACUUUCGAUAUUCAAAUCAUUACCAACAUUAAUUGAUGUAACUGUGCCGCCUAAACAUAAAUUUACUAUUUGCGGAGAUAUUCAUGGACAAUUUUAUGAUUUAUUAAAUAUUUUUAAAUUAAAUGGAUUACCAUCAGAUGAGAAUCCUUAUUUAUUCAAUGGUGAUUUUGUUGAUCGUGGUUCAUUUAGUAUGGAAUGUAUUCUUACUUUAUUUGGCUUUAAAGUACUCUAUCCAAAUCAUUUCUUUCUUGCUCGAGGUAAUCAUGAAUCAAUAACAAUGAAUCAAAUGUAUGGAUUUGAAGGUGAAGUUAAAGCGAAAUAUACUGUACAGAUGUUUCAAUUAUUUACGGAAGUUUUCAAUUAUUUACCCUUAGCACAUUGUAUUAAUAAUAAAGUUCUUGUAAUGCACGGUGGACUAUUUAGUAAGGAUGAUGUUACAUUAAAAGAUAUUCGCGCUGUUGAUCGCGUUCGACAACCACCUGAAGAUGGACUAAUGUCUGAAAUAUUGUGGAGUGAUCCACAACCACAAAAUGGACGAUCGGAAAGUAAACGUGGCGUUGGUCUUCAAUUUGGACCUGAUGUAACGGAACGUUUUCUUAAAUUAAAUAAUUUAGAAUAUGUUGUUCGUAGUCAUGAAGUUAAACAAGAAGGCUAUGAAUUAGCUCAUAAUGACAAAUGUAUUACUAUCUUUUCCGCACCGAAUUAUUGUGAUACAAUGGGAAAUAAAGGUGCUUUUAUAACUAUAACUGGUGAUAAUGUAACACCAAAAUUUACAUCCUAUACAGCUGUAUCACAUCCAGCCGUUCGACCAAUGAUGUAUGCUAAUCAAUCGUCAUUGUUUGGUUUGAUGUAA